AUGGCCGCGUCCAACUUUUUGAUUACAUUGAUUUUCAACUAUUUAACAGUUUAUGCAUCAAAAGAAAUCGAAGAGUCAAUUAACGCCCUGCUUCCAGAAGAUGCACGAUUAAGUUUUACGCAACUUGCAACCAAGUAUGGCCAUCCGGCGAUUGAAUAUGAGGUUGUAACAGAGGAUGGUUAUAUCCUUAAAUUAUUUCACAUUCCUGGAAAUAAAGGCAGACCUGUUUUACUUAUGCAUGGAACUGCAGAAUCAGCAGAUACGUGGAUUAUUAGAGGAAAUUUAUCUCUAGCUGUGGCUCUAGCUAAUUCAGGCUAUGAUCUUUGGUUUGGUAACGUUAGAGGUAAUAGAUAUUCACGACAUCACGUCAGCCUCAAUCCCGAUGACGAUGACGCAUUUUGGAAUUUUAGUUUACAUGAGUAUGGCUUUUAUGAUCUACCUGCAAUAAUAGAUACUAUUCUCAACAAAACUGGUGCAGAAAUUUUGAACGCCAUUGGGUAUUCAGUAGGUAAUACAAUAUUUUAUGUGUUGUGUUCAACAAGACCAGAGUACAACUCCAAGAUUAAUGUAUUGAUGGCAUUGGCUCCAAUAUGCUACCUACAAAAUGUUCCACCUCCUCUUUCUACUUUGAUACAACUUUCACCACUGAUCUAUAAAUUAUUUACUGAUUUGGAUAUAAAUGAGAUGUUUAAUGAUAAUUCACUAUUAAAUACGUAUGGGAAAUUUAUUUGCACUAGACCACAAAUAGGUUACGAUAUAUGUAUCAAAAAUUUAUUAUUUCCCAUUACUGGUUAUGACAGUGAAGAACUUAAACCUGCCUUUGUUUCUGUAUUAGUUGGUCACUUUCAUACAAGUGUUUCUUCGAGGGAUUUGUAUCAUUUAGCCCAAAUAGGAUUUCGAAAAACUUUUGCGCAGUUCGACUACGGUAGUGCAGGAAAUAUUGAGAAGUAUAAUUCUACGUUACCUCCCGUGUAUGAUUUGAAUCUAGUUACGACAAAGAUAGUUUUAUAUGUUGGUUUAAAUGAUUUUCUCGCCACUGUGGCUGAUGUUGCUAUUUUGAGGUCACAACUUCCAAAUGUGGUACGUUAUAUCAUAAGCCCUAGAUGGAAAUGUAAUCAUUUUGAUCAUGUUAACGGUGAACAUGUGAAUGAUUAUGUGUUUCCAUACAUACGUGAUGUUUUGGAGUCAUACUAA